AUGCAUCCCGGUUUUUGUUCUGUAUGCUGCGACGUUUUCGACCAGAUCGACUGCGUUCCCUGUCGCAUUAGCUGUGGACAUGUUGCGUGUCAAAGGUGCUGCGACACACUCGUGGAGAGUAGGCAAUGCUGUCCUUUUCGCUGCGACAUGGCCAUCCUUCGACCACGCGACAUCAGGCCCAUGGCCAUGUCGCUUGUGACCGACAGUGACUCGUUCAAUGAGGGGAUCGUCCGCUCCAAAGUACUGGCUAUCUUGUCCGAUAUUCGCGCGUUUCAACUCCAAUACAACCAGAAUAGUCUCUCCGUUCACUCCCUCCGUGCAAAUGUUUCGGUUCAAAAAGAUUCUAUUCAAAAAUAUGCGCGGAUUCUUCACAAGGUUAUCCAGAAAAGAAAAGAUGUCUUUCAAAGCCUCGCUCGUGCUCGUGCAGAAUACGAAGGAGAGGUUUCCACUCAAUGCCAGUUACGCGAGGAACUUACGCAGCUUCGGGGGAUGGUAUGGAUAGCCUUUUCCUCCACUAUUCAUGCUCAAAUAUUUGGGGUAGCUGCGCGCAACAGCCACCACACCGCCCAAAACACCUCCCAGUACGCCACCUUGUGUUUGGAUGUAAACAACUCCUGA